ACACUUGGCGUCCUUAUCGUGUAUAGCCGUCCAGAGUCUCCCUCUCUAGCAAUUACAAGACGGUCAGUACAGACAUUGCGGCAUCAUGUUGCGAGCUGUUUUUCGACUGUCAGCUGCAGGGGCUCGGAGUCUCACUCGGGCACGACCCUGCUACUCAGCUCCAUUGGCUUCCAGAUGUUACUCCCAUGGCAAGGUGGAGACAGAUGAAGAGUUUGAUUCCCGUUGGGUCACUUAUUUCAGCAAGCCUGACAUUGAUGAGUGGGAGCUGCGGAAAGGCAUGAACACCCUAAUUGGCUAUGACCUGGUACCCGAAGUCAAGAUCCUGGAUUCAGCACUAAGAGCCUGUCGAAGACUAAAUGAUCUCGCCAGCGCCAUCCGCAUCCUUGAGGCUGUCAAGGAUAAAGCAGGUCCCCACAAGGACAUCUAUCCAUACUUGAUCCAGGAGCUGAGACCCACUCUCUCAGAACUUGGCAUCUCAACACCAGAGGAGCUCGGAAUUGACAAGUUGUAAAUGAUCAAGGUCCCUUUGACAUAUGAAGAGAUUGAACAUCUUGAUUCUCUUCAGUUAAAAUGUCUAUUCAUUAAAUACAUGCUGUCCAAUUAUGUACAAAAUGGUGGAAAUAAUAAAACAUUUUUAACUU